GACCCGCUGAACAUCGCAAUCGUCAAGAAUGUGAUCACGGUUGUUCUCUCAGUCUCCAUCAUUUAUGUCAACGGUACUCUGGUUCACACAUUCCGAAACCACCAGGUCUUCACCAUGAACCCUCGUUACAUCCUCUACAUCCAUCUGGUCAUCAAUGACAUCAUCAUGCUGACAUUGUUUGUUCUCCUUCAACUCUUAAGUUACAUUUUGUUCACCCUCAAUGUCUCAUUUUGUGUCAUUAUGCUAAUGAUUGCCAUAGCGACCAAUCUGAAUAAUCCACUAACGCUCGCUGCUAUGGCAGUGGAGUGUUACUUGGCCAUUUGCUUCCCCCUCCGUUACCCGCAGAUCUGUACAGUCAAAAAGACCUACAUCGUCAUUGGAGUCAUAUGGCUUCUGAGUCUACUUACAAUCGUACCAGACGUAUUUGUCGUCUUGGCGGUGAAAUCUCCAGAUUUUUUCAGUUCCAGGAUCUUUUGCAUGUGGGCGAACAUUAUCGCAAACCCCCACCUCGACAAGAAGAGAGACGUUUCCAACAUUAUGCUUUUGGUCAUUGUUUGGUUCACUCUUUUCUACACAUACUUCAGGAUCCUCUUCACUGCACAGGCAGCUUCUGCAAACGCCAAAAAGGCAAGAAACACCGUCCUGCUGCAUGGCUUCCAGCUGCUGCUGUGCAUGCUGAGCUACGUCCACAGUUUAAUGAUAGGAGGUCUGACAAAUUUGUUCCCAAAAAGCGUUCUGGUCAUUCGUUAUGUGAUUUCAGUGGCUAUUCAGAUUCUGCCUCGACUCAUCAGCCCGGUUGUUUAUGGGUUAAGAGACAAAACGUUCAGAGAAUAUUUGAGAAGAUACUUUUUAAUCAAAAGAAAAGCACAAGUCCAUCCAGAUAAAACUCAAAAGAGACGAUUGUAG